AUGACGCGAAAAGAUGGAAUCAUCGCGUGCCUCACAUCGACACGAACCGGCUCUGGUGCAGGCGGCCGGCGAAGCGAAGCGAGCCACCUGGCCAGCGCCACUGUUGGCGAUUCUGACGCGCUUGGGCUGAAUGGAGGCAGGCGGGCCGAUCGAAUGGCCAGCCGACAGCUAAUCAGCCAAUCAGCCUCGCGGACCGUAAGUGGCACGGGCCAAUAG